UAUCCAGGAAAAAAUGCUGAAGUUCCGUGCAGACCGGAGAGUGAGCCAGAAUGACCAAAAUGGGACCGUUGGGCAGCCAUUGAUCCAGAAUCACUUGGAGGAAUCCAGGAAAUUACAAAGAUAUCCGCAGAGCUCCAAUCUGGACAUGAACGGCAAGGCCGCCGGUAAGGGGCCUGUGAGCAUCGCCAACGACGUCAACUCCAACAACCUCACGAUGGUGUCCGACUUGUCCCCGGAGCAGCCGCCCAACGGACGGGUCGCUCGUGUCUCCAAGAAAGCUGCGACGUUUGGCAAGCGGUCCAACUCCAUGCGCAGGAAUCCUAAAGCAGAGGUCACCAAGCAGGGCUGGCUGUUCAAGCAGGCAAGCAGUGGUGUGAAGCAGUGGAACAAACGCUGGUUCGUUCUGACCGACCGCUGUCUUUUCUACUACAAAGACGAGAAGGAGGACGGGGUGCUGGGUAGCCUUCCGCUUCUCAGCUUUCGGAUCGGAGCCGUCCAGCCAUCGGACAACAUCAACCGCAAGUACGCCUUUAAGGCCUGCUGGGAGGAGGAGGAGGAGGCCGGCAGUAACGGGAGCCUGGCCUUCUGUCUGCAGGUGGAGCACGCCGGGACGCGCACCUACUACUUCAGCGCCGAGAGCCUGGAGGAGCAGGAGGACUGGGUGCGGGCCAUGAGCGAGGCGGCGCGCGUCGCCAUCCCGCCUGCACAGAGGAACGACGCGGAGAACAUUCCCCCCGAAGGACAGAACAACGGCAUGGUGGCCAAGGGGGCGGAGCCCGGCUCCCGCGGGGAGGGCGACGGCCAGAGGACGGAGACCCAGGAGGUCAAGCAUGAGGUCAACGGGGUGGCCCCCCAGGAAGCGGCCGCGUCGCCCGCGCCCACGCCCGCGGGCCCCGGCCCGGACGGCAGGGGGGGCGAGAGGGGCGGGGCGCCCCAGCCAAACGGGUGGGGGAACCACGGCGACGCCCACCCCUUGGCCUUCCAGGCCCAGCAGGAGGUGCGGGAGGCGCGGGAGCCCCGGGAGAACGUGGUGCUGCGGCGGGGGUUCGUGCCCCGGACGCAGCCGGAGCGCCUGGCCCAGCGGAAGAGCUCCAUGACGCAGCUGCAGCAGUGGGUGAACCAGCGCAGGGCCCUGGGAGUGCAGGAGGACCUGCGCAGCCCCUCCCGCUACUACACUGUAAACAGGGGGAUGUCCCCGGACUAUUAUGGGAUGUACGGGAGCCCCCAGUAUGUGGACGAGUACACUCUGUACCCCCCGGGGGUGCGGCCGGACAGCAUCUGCUCAGUGUCGGCGGCCUUUGACAGGCUGCCCCCGCGCUGGACGGCGGAGGAGAAGAGGCGCUCGCUGCGGGACGGGUCCCUGUACGCCCGGGAGCCCCAGUGGGCGAUGAUGCCGCCCGCGCAGCCGCACCCGGCCUACUACGGCCCGCUGGAGUCGGCCCAGAGCUCCAUGCGCCGGCUCUCCCUGCAGCCGCGGUCCCGCUCCGUGCCCCGCUCGCCCUCCUCCUCCUCCUCCCACGGGCCCUACUCCCCCGGCCCGCGCAACUUUGUCUCCCCCGUCCGCUCGCCCAGCGCCCGCUUCGACAGGUGUCCCCCGGGCCGGCUCCGCGACGACGUCAUCUACGCCGACCCCUCCGUCUACGGCCUGCGGAGGUCCAUAAGCUCGCCCAAGUACGAAUACCCUGGAGACAGGCGAUCCUUAAGCCAAGGCAUAUACCACUACAACUACCCCGGCUCCCCCUCUCUGCAUGACAAAAUGGAGGAUAUGCUUGACCUGCAGCUGCAGAGGAACCUUGAGUACCUAGACCAGCAGGUGACAGAAGGAGAUCACCUGAUCAGCAUGGUCACCAGAAUGGUGGAGAAUUCCUCACCCAGAGCAAAGCUCUACUCACAAGUGCCCCCGUUCCAUGACAUCUACAGAGACAUGCACCCUGCGGUCAAGGCCAACGAGAUUGAGAUCAGUAAACUUCUGGGUAGACUGUGUGAACAGCACAGACUUCUGAAGGACCAGGAGGCGGUGGUUCAACGCCUACGAUUAGACAAGGAUACCCUGGAGGGGGCGCUGGUGUCCACACACCAGGAAAUGGAGUUGUACCGGGGUCAGCCAUCAGUGACGGACAAGCUCCAGCUGAAGAAGGAGACCCUGCAGAACCAGCUUAUCAACAUCCGGGGAGAGCUCUCUCAGGCCUCCAGUGCACUGACGACCUCCAGGAUGGAGUUUGAGGCACUAGAGGAUGAAGUCAAUGCCAUCCAUGGAGACCUCUGGGAGCAGCUGAAUGCUGGCGGACAGAAUGAGCUGCUGCACAGACACCUUCAGAAGGAGUUCUGGAGGAUCCAGGACGUGUUGGAGGGACUGCACAAGAACAACCCGUCUCGAGGCACUGACACUGCCAAACACAGAGUGGCCAGCGGGGCAUCGGGAUCCUUCAGCACAAACAGCCCUGCAAGUCCCCUGAGCUCCGUCAGCCUCACCAGCCCUCUUAGCCCCUUCUCGCCUGUCUCAGGCUCCCAGAGCUCUCCCGCUAAGCAGGUGGGCAUGGAGGAUGUUGGGCCGCCUCGGCCCCCACUCCCCAAAUCUUACCUCCCUCUGGAAACCCUACACACCACCCCCCCUUCUGUUCCCCCCCUGCCCUUUGACAGCAGAGCGGGCCUACUGUCAGGCAGACUGGAAGAUGACUACGAGGAUGUAGACGAGUCCCGACGUAGACAGCACAAAUUCACUUUCCGAUCGGAUUCCUCGACGGGGGAGAAGAACAGUGACCGCCAGGACUCGGAGCAGUCUAACACAAAUAAAGUUGGCGUCGUCCCGCCCAGGACGAAGUCUCCCACGGAAGACGAGCUGAACUCUUACGAUCCUGUAAAUCGCAGGAAUGGCAAAGUCCCCAAUGGACACAUCUCCAGGGAGCGUCCAAAGAGUGCUGUGUUUCCGGCAGAGGUGAAGUCCAAGAUGAGCGUGGAGGAGCAGAACGAGAGGAUCAGGAGGAACCAGAGCAGCUCCAUGCGGGAAAAGAGGCGCAGCCUCAACCUUUCCAGCACCCAGCAGAUUGACGGCUUCAAGCCCACCACCAACUACAAAGUGGUGCGGCGAAGGAUGACGGCUCACGAGGUGGACAUCAAAGACCUGGAGGCGGCGGUGCGAGGAGAGGGGGUGGAGUCACCGCGGGAGGAGAUCGCGCGCCUACGGCGGCUGCAGAAUGAGCCGGACCACUAUGACAUGGACAUCAACAAAGAGCUCUUGGCACCAGAAAAGGUUCUGAUUCCGGAGAGGUACCUGGACAUAGAGCCCAGCACACCCCUGAGCCCAGAAGAGCUGAGGGAGAAGCAGAAGAAAGUGGAGAGGAUCAAGACUCUCAUUGCAAAAUCAAACAUGCAGAACGUGGUUCCUCUGCUGGACGGGCCGGCGGAGGGCCAGUCCAACCCCGAGCAGCAGCUGCAGGAGCAGGAGAAGCGGAUCGAGAUCUCCUGCGCUCUGGCAGCUGAGGCAUCCCGUCGCAGCCGGCUCCUGUCCGCUCAGUGCGCCCCCAGCCCCUCUGCCUCCCCGACCAGCCUGGCCCCUCCCCCCUCCGCUGACUUCUCUGACUCCACCCAGUUCAUGAAGGUGUGAGUCUUUGAAGCUCAAGCACUGGCUGCAGUCAAGUUCAAUGGAAUGUCAUUCUGAGAGCUUACCGAAAACACAACAAUACAGACGGAUUUUGUUUUCUUUCCUCAAAGAGUAUAUUUUUUCAAUCAGUUAUUCUAUGACUGCAAGAGAUAGAACAUAAAAGCAAGUUUGGAGGUCUGCGACCUUCGCGAAAGGAUAUCAGGAUUAACAACACGGUUCUGAAGGACUCGAAGCACCAAACAGCAGAGGGAGCUGUUGCUGCCUCCCUCCUCCAGUGACCAUAGCUGCCCGUCUUUAUCCCUCCUUGCAUUGACACCUAUCUCUUUUGUUGGGGGGCCUUACAAAGGUGCCUGGCUUUAGGGAAAAGAAAAUGCAGGUUCGUACUUUGGAGCAAAGUAAUGAGAAGAUUUAUAGAGCUUAAAACUAGCCAGAGAGGAGGAUAUGUUUACAGCCCCCCCCUGCCUGCUCACUGGGUCAGUCAGGAAAUAGAAGUUGUCCCAGCUCAGGGUGGAGUUUAUGCAGGUCAGGUCUGAAAGGUGCAGGCGUCACAUGCAAACAUGGAUUCCAGGACGAAUCUAGAAAGACCCAGCGAUGGGGUGACUUGUGUUACACGUGGCUUUGAGCCAACACAGGGAACACGGAAGCGUGACGAGGGUCCGGGGAAGUUUUUCGAGGAGACCUCUGUGGGACAGGGUGAGGCGGAACUGAUCAAAGGUCUAAGCUGAAAGCUACACAGUUGGAAUGGCUGGACAGACUCAGUCGAGUGUCUCGUGAGCUGGGGACGAUUUUGGUGCCCAGUUUCAGUUUUCGGUCCCAAUGAGCCAGACUGAACCUGAAGAUUCUGGACCUUCACUGGAGAGAUGUGGCAUCCUGAAGACUUUGACCCUCCAGUAGCAACUGCCAGACUUAGUCUUGACCUGUGAGCGAAAGAAGGUGCAGGCAUCCGGCACCUCCUGUCUCCCUUUGUGUUCACCAGGUAGCCUGUGACCUGGACACACAUCGGCCUCCUCUUUCCUCAGCACAAGGUUUUGGCGCAACCUGUCCACGUGCCCUGUAUCUACAGUGUGGUUCCUCCCAGCACCGACUGCAUUUCGGUGUAGUCGUAUAUAUGUGUGUCAAACGUACCAUCGCGUCAAAGCUGUUUGUGACUCUGUACAGUGCUUUCACUGCUAGAACAUUCCUUCA